AUGGCCGUGGUCUUAGAGGCCCAUGGCAGCUUCGCGAUGUGGGGAGGCCUGUUCUCCCUGAUCGACUGCGGGCUGGUGAAGGUGCGUGGGAAGGAGGACCCCUGGAACUCCAUCACCAGCGGAGCCAUGACCGGCGCCAUCCUCGCUGCCAGAAAUGGGCCCGUUGCCAUGGUGGGCUCAGCGGCGAUGGGCGGAAUCCUGCUGGCGCUGAUCGAGGGUGCAGGCAUCCUGCUCACCAGAUUCGCCUCCUCACAGUUCCCCACCGGGGCCCAGUUUGCAGAGGAGCCCGCCCCGAUGCCGGCCCCCCCCUUCGGAGAAUACAGGCAGUAUCAGUGAGGGAGGGGCCGCCCUCACCCACCCCUAGGCUUUUUAAAAUACCUCCACAGAUCUGACUCGAAAGAAAAUUCUGGAACUUCUUCAGAAGGAACUCUGCAGUGCAUCCCAACUUCAAGGAUUUCAUUUUUUU